ACUUGAAAAAUUUGUUUCUAAAAACAUAAUAUUAUUCAAUAAGUUUCGAACCGGAAUUAUGAGUAAAAACAAAGACGUGGAGUUAAAAAACUUUUUUAUUUUCAAUUCUCUAUAUGGCCCCAAGGAAGGGGAGGAACUGAAAAAAAUUCUUUAUUAUUAUCCAAUAUCUGACAAUGCCGAUGUACAAAUAAAGAAUGUGGGGUUAGUUGAGGGGAUCAUUCAAUUCACUGGCACAUUUAAACCAAGCACUCCAGUGAAUUCACUACAUACGCAAAAAAUGCGUCAAUUGUAUUUCCAACCAGAAAAAAAUAUGUGGAUUGUUUUGACGUUAACUUUACCAACCGAAGUUAAGGGGAAGGACAGUUCAACUCAAAUCGAAUAUCUCGAGGAUGAUGUACAAGACAAUGUUUACGAAGCCGUCUUAAAACAAGCCUAUUACACGUAUAGACUUUUCUGGGGCACUUUUGAACACACGAUUGAGAACCACGAUGUGGGCACACUUAAAACAAGACUUGAAAGUUUCUAUAAAGCUUAUCUGAAAACCUUAAAACUAGGGCAUGCUGAUAUUCUGAACGUGUUCCACGGAAUUCAGUAUCUGCCUCUUGACAAACUAACUUUUUUAAAAGUCCAAUGUUUUAUCAAUUCACUUGAAUGCGAGUAUCCCGAAAUUGCGUACACAGCGUUCUUAUACAACGAUCAUCUCAUAUGGAGCGGUUUUGAACCCAAAGACAUGAAAAUUGUGUACCAAUAUUUAAUUGGCACUUUACUGCCCGCCAACAUGGAGGCUGAACUUCAAGGGGGCUCAAUGCCCCGUAAUUCUGUUUCACCUUUUGCUGCAUUACAUCACGGUCGUUUCAUUACGGGACCUACAAAUUUAAAAACAGCCAAAAAUGUGGGGAAAAUACCCAAAGUUUAUUUAUUUGCCUCAGGGAAGGCCGAGUCCUACAACUUGGUGGUUUAUAGGGCGCUAAGUGCGUCCGUUUGUUUAUUUAUGAGAGCCGACAAGGAGUUAAGUUUGCAAUAUUUCAAAGACAUGGACGAGUUCAUUAGCCCCAAAUUGACUGCAAUCGUGUCAGAUAUUUCCGAAUAUUGUUCCAAACAAGUGAUUACGCCAUCAAAUGUCCCCGAAAACGCUCCAAGGUUUAUCUAUUUCAAUAAAUUGAAUUUGGCUUACAAAAGCACAGCGCAUUUGGAUAAUAAACAAACGGGAAACAUUGCAUGUACCAAAGAAUCUUUAAAAAUAAUGGCUGAUUUGAACAAUAAGAGAUCACUGUUGGGCCACUCUAGCGAGACGAUAGUCAAAACAAUGAAUGACUAUUGGGUUGUUGCGAAAAACUCGAAUUCUAGAGAAUUUUACGUGGCUUUGCAGCAGAAAAAUGCAAGUCUUAUCGACAUAAGCGAAGAAAUAAAAAAAUUGUGUGAUACCGAAUUAAAAGGCAUCUUCUUCCACCCACUGUAGGAUUUGGUACAAAAAAAAACACGAUUUUUAUUGCAAAAAUCAUUUAUUAAUAAGUGUACAUAAGUAGGCAAAUACAAAAUAACUUAACACUAAA